UAAGGCAACACUGGGGGAAGGUACUACCGUAAGUCAUUUGAGUAGCGCUAGCGAUCUUCUCGUGUGUUAAUAGCUCGUCAGGAGUCGUGUUUUCAAACUUGGCGGCUAUGGGGAGGCGAGGAUACUGUGUUAACUAGAGAUUAAAACGCAACGGAUUAACCAGCGGAAGUUUGCGUACGAUUUUUGAAAAAUGGGAAAUCUCCAAGAGUUGGAGAACUUACUGCGAGUGAAGGAUGAGAAAAUCAGGGAGUUACAGCAGCUCCUUGAAGAGAGGGACGAGAAAAUCCUACUCCUGAAGAGCAAGCUGGACAAGUUCCAGUCCGUGCUGCCCCAGGCCCCACUCAUCGUGGGCCCCAGGAAACAGCGGGCCCAGGGAAUCAGUGCCGAGCCCCAGAUGCUGCAGUCCAUCAACGACAUAUCGAAACAGGGAUUCAGGAAAUAUUCCAAAUCAAACAGUUCCAAGGAGCUGAUCAAGCAGGCGAUCCUGGACAACGACUUCAUGAAGAACCUCGACAUGUCUCAGAUCCGCGAGAUCGUCGACUGCAUGUACCCCGUGGAGUACUCCAAGGACAGCACCAUCAUCAAGGAGGGUGACACCGGCAACCUCGUCUACGUCAUGGAAGAGGGGAAGGUGGAGGUCUCUAAGGAGGGUCAGAAGCUGUGUACCAUGGCUCCAGGGAAGGUGUUCGGAGAACUGGCCAUCCUCUACAACUGCACGAGAACAGCCACAGUUAAAGCUUUAUUCAACUGUCGACUAUGGGCAAUAGACCGACCAUGUUUCCAGAGUAUAAUGAUGAAAACCGGUUUGCUGCGUCAACAAGAACACAUGGACUUCCUAAGAAGUGUUCCUACAUUUAAAGGACUUCCGGAAGAAACGCUUAGUAAAAUAGCGGAUGUGUUGGAGGAGGCACACUAUAAUAACGGUGACUACAUUAUUCGGCAGGGAGCUAGAGGCGAUACAUUCUUUAUUAUUGCCAAGGGCAAGGUAAAGGUCACAAAGAAAGGAUCAAAGUCUUCAAAUGAACAGAUUAUUAGACAUUUACAUAAAGGCGAUUUCUUUGGAGAGCGUGCACUACAGGGCGAAGAUGUGCGGACGGCUAACAUCAUAUCGUGUGAUCCAGACGGGGUCGACUGUCUCGUCAUAGACAGAGACUGCUAUUCUAAACUAAUAAGUAAUCUGGAUCAGCUUAAAAGAAUAUACGAAGAUGACGAAAACUGUGCUGGAAUCGACUCCGAGUACGUUAAACUAAAACUCAGUGAUCUCUCCAUCAUAGCAACUUUAGGCGUGGGCGGCUUUGGAAGAGUUGAAUUGGUUCACCUCGACUCUGACAACAGCAAGACGCAUGCGCUGAAGAUCCUGAAGAAACACCACAUCGUGGAGACGAGACAGCAGGAGCACAUCAUGAACGAGAAGAGGAUCAUGAUCGAGGCCCGCUCCGACUUCAUUGUCAGGUUGUACCGAACCUUCAAAGACCGGAAGUUUCUCUACAUGUUGCUCGAGGCGUGUCUGGGUGGGGAAUUGUGGACGGUGCUCCGAGAUAAGGGAUCGUUUGACGACAGCACGACGCGUUUCUAUACGGCGUGUGUGGUGGAGGCCUUCUCCUACCUACACAGCCGCGGGAUCGUCUACCGUGAUCUCAAGCCAGAGAACCUCCUGCUCGACAGCGCCGGAUACGUCAAGUUGGUUGAUUUCGGGUUCGCCAAGAAGGUUGGGCACGGCAGGAAAACGUGGACGUUUUGUGGGACGCCUGAGUACGUGGCGCCCGAAAUCAUCCUCAACAAGGGUCACGACAUAUCGGCGGACUACUGGUCGCUAGGGAUCCUCAUGUUCGAGCUGCUCACUGGCAGCCCGCCUUUCGCCGGCCCUGACCCGAUGAAGACUUACAACCUGAUACUGAAAGGCAUCGAUGCAAUAGACUUCCCGAGGAAAAUCACCAAGCAUGCUCAAAGUCUGAUCAAAAAACUCUGCAGGGACAAUCCAAUGGAACGUCUAGGGUACGGACGGAGCGGAAUCAAGGAAAUUCAGAAACACGCCUGGUUCGAGAGUUUUAACUGGGAGGGCCUGCGACACCACACCUUGAAACCACCCAUUGUGCCUUUGGUGAAGUCUCCAACAGACACGUCAAACUUCGACGAUUACCCCGAGGAUGAUGAGGACCCGCCGCCAGAUGACUUGUCAGGGUGGGACAAGGACUUCUGACGUCACGUCAUUCGAACGGAAAUAGCCUCGCUGUGAUAUUCUCUCAUCACGCAAGCGCAGUUGGGAGUGCAAUAUUUUGCUGUGCCUUACUUUGAAAAAUGGGUAACACAGUAAAGCGUUGCAAUGGCCAGUUAUGUCUCAGGAAAAACUUGUAGUUGAAAAAUACCCGUGCUGGUCUUAACAAUGGCGUGCACACGUCUGACAGUUCUGUGUAUGACGUCAAGUCUAAGUGAUAAUCUGGACAACCCUUGUAGCUCGUUGUUUAGGAAACGAGGUGCAGAAUGCGUGAAUGCUGCUAUUUAUGGUGCAGCUUGUUGCUAUGGAAACGAGAUAGAGAAAGCGUGAAAGCUGCUUUUUAGGGUGUUUGCGUGGAUUCCCAUAAAUGGGUAUUAGUUAUCUAGUGAUCCGACUGUUAUCGUCGGUAUAUAUAUUGACUCCCUUGGUGCUUUCCUUGUAAAAAUAACAGACGUUUUUGCCUUGUAGUGUGACUGGAUUCUUUUGCAAGGUCGCGUGACGCCAUGAAUUGUUGUGUAUGAAUGACUUUGUACGUCCACUUAGGAACCCCUAUGGGGUACAAUAGUGAAUGAAUUAUUUGUUAUCCCUUAUGAUGUGCAUUGUUCGAGGAAAUAUUUUAUGUCAGAGCCACACAGGUUACUAAAUUAAAUAUUGUGUAUGCCUAUUGAGGGCCACGGUGACCAUGUGCAAUGUUGAAUAAAUGGUUGUCACAAAAUGUCUCCUAACCCACUAUUCCACUAUCCUGGACAGCCAGUCCAGAUAGCUGAGGUGUGUGUCCCAGGGACAGCGUGUUUUGACCUAAUUGGAUAUAACGACGGAAAUAACUAUAAAUAAAAUGAACUGUAUCCCAAACCAGGGCCACAGUUACGUGCAGUAUUGUUUAAAUGGUUGUGUAUAUACCAAUCAGGGCCGUCGUUACAUUAAAUGGUUGUGUAUAUACCAAUCGGGGCCGUCGUUACAUUAAAUGGCUGUGUAUAUACCAACCAGGGCCGUCGUUACAUUAAAUGGUUGUGUAUCCCUAACACAGGCCACCAUGGCUAGCAAUCUUCUAAGAAUAAUUUCAUAUCAAGACCUCGGUGGUAUAGUGGUUACGUCCACGUCCUUAAGGCUAGUAGGUACUAGGUUCGCAUCACGGCACUGGAUCCCAUCUAGGGUUUGUUUUAGGGAGGUGAGCGGCCACUACAUUGAUAUGUCUCUCACUAACAACUGACCACUGACCCAUGUCCUGAAGAGACAAAUCAAGAGCUGACUUGUGUGUCUAGGACGGCGUGCUUGAACUUUGUGUGUGAAUUGAUUCUGACAAAGCCGUUUUGGCGUAUAAUGAUGUUUGUGUGAUUUUGUAUUACUAAUCGGGAUAGUCAUGGAGAACAUAAAAACACAUUUGUAUUCCUAAACCAGUUCUACAUAUCUACACGCGGAUCUUUGAUUCGUUAGUAGAGUAAUUUGUGAUAUUGCAUAAAGAUGUAACUAUGAUUUUUAUAUUUAAUAUUUAUUAUUAAAAAACAAAAUCUUAUCGACAUUGACGCAAUCAAGAUCCUAUAUAUGUAUUCCGACGCCUUUUGAUACAUAUUUAUUUAAUACAUAUCCCUUAGGUCGCUCUAUGGCAAUGUUCUUUAGACUGUUUGUUUGCUUUUUUAGGACAUUGUUUUAUGAAUGGUUAGUUUCGUGUAUGGAUAUAGGCUAGGUUUAAGUACUGCGUUAAAACGAGAUGGUACUGCAAUCCUGUAACCAUUUUCUCCAUCCUCUCAUCCUCUUCAUCCUCCCAUCCUCUCCAUCCUCCCAAUUCGUCAUAAAAUUAAUAGUCAAGUACAGUAUAGUCAGAAAUAAGAGGCACAUUUUAUAAGUCAUCAUUGUCAGAAAAUGUGUUACAAGAUAUGUCUGAUGCACCAGAAUCUUUCUAGAAUGUUAAGCUGUGUUCACACUUACACAACUUAAAGUGGUCUAACGAUCCUGCUUUAGCUAAAACACUUUCGGUUAAACAUGACGAGCGUUCACGCAUGCAAAUGCUGUACCGGUAUAAGGCGGUAGUGUAGUUGUCAUCACUUGCACACGACAUAACAACCGUUGACUGCGAGUCUGUUGGGCCAUUGCUAAUACACUGCUUAUUCCGACUGUGACGUGCUGCCACUUCCGCCUUAUACUGAUAUAAUUGAAACGAUUUGAGUUCACAUUUACAUUUUUAACUGUUUUAGUUAUACCAGUUUAACUAAACCGCAUACCGAAGUGUUUUACCUAUACCGGUUUAGCUUCACCAGUUUAGUGAAAACAUUGCAUUCACACUUGCAUUUUAAACUGGUUUAGUUAUACAAGUUUAGUUAAAUCAUUGUUGUAAUAAUGUUCCAAAAAAGUUACAGUAAGUUAUAAAUAAUAAUAAUACGUCCAAUUUACGAGGCCUGUUUGUCUUAAACGCUGAUGUUUAAGCACAGUACAUGUAUGUAGUUACACGCUGAUGUUUAAGCACAGUACAUGUAUGUAGUUACACGCUGGUGUUUAAGCACAGUACAUGUAUGUAGUUACACGUAUGUAAGACAUAAAGCAUUGGUGAUAUUUUAAAGAAAAUUCACAGUCAACUAUCGUUGAUAUAAUUAUUUCAGAGAAUGUGUAAUCAGUCAUUCAUAGUAUGUCUCAGGAAAGACCACUGGCGAACAUAUUGUCGUCUGCUAUAGCUCGUGUUGUAGGACGUUAUAGCCAGCCAUUGGCAAUGUGCUUGAGGUUGCACCCCACCAUUAAUUUGCGAUACAGUUCAAUACAAUUUCUAUGUCAGAAUUUAUUCUGGGUUGGGUUUUGUUUUGUUUUGUUGUUGUUGGGGGUUUUUGCGGGGGUAAUUAUAUCGAGAGGGCUACUAGUGACUUCUAGCGACUUUUAUGUUUCGCCAUAUUACAUUGUUUGUGUGUUGGUAUUACUGGUCAAGCUGUUGGAUUCAGUGUGUUAAUUCAAUAAAAUUCAAGAAAUAUCAUAUACAUGUAUACCGAAUCCAUCGUGAGCGUUCGUGUACGCUUGCGUAAAACUCCACAAUUAAGAUGUAUGUCUAAUCGAUAGUUUUCAUGAUUAAGCAAUAACUACACUAUGCACGAUUCAAGCAAUACGUCGUGAACUAUAUACUUUGUACCAAUGUGUGCUUUACUCUAGAGAACUAUUUUCGUGUGCAGUGUAUUCUGGGCUCUCUUCAGACAGGUCGGACUCGGGAUGGGCGUGUUCGAAACCCUAGUGGUAUAUGGGCACGUUAAACAAGUUAUCAUCAUCAUCUUCAGACAUCAACAUUGAAAAACAAAAACAAAUCAAAAUAAAAUAAAAUAAAACAAAAUAAAAUAAAAUAAAAUAAAAUAAAUUACUAUUUUAUACGCAUCAUACAGAUAGACCUAAAAGUUCUUAGAAUAUAUAUAUAUAGUUGUUUCAGUUAUAAUUGCAUUGUGUUACUAUUAUUGUAUAACGGUGAUAGAAAAUUGUCUUAUAACACAGUGAUGGCAGAUGGCAGCCACUAGUGAGGAGUGGGGAAUGGUUGUUAGUUAUGGGGAACCAAAACACCACCUAUAGGGCUCUGACGGAGGUGGUUAGAGCCCUCCGUGUCCCCCCCCCCCCCCCCCCCCCCCCGUACACAAACACUGCUCCGCUGUGCCUGGGGAGAGCCAGUACACUCUGCUACCCGCGUCCGACGUCUAUGUAUAACACAUCCAUUUAGUUUGACCAGUAAUUAGUACACACAGCUGUGGCGUCAAGGGCUGUUCCGUUUAGUUUGACCAGUAAUUAGUACACACAUAGCUGUGGCGUCAUGGGCUGCUCCGUUUAGUUUGACCAGUCAUUAGUACACACACAGUUGUGGCGUCAUGGGCUGCUCCGUUUAGUUUGACCAGUAAUUAGUACACACACAGUUGUGGCGUCAUGGGCUGCUCCGUUUAGUUUGACCAGUAAUUAGUACACACACAGAUGUGGCGUCAUGGGCUGCUCCGUUUAGUUUGACCAGUAAUUAGUACACACAGCUGUGGCGUCAUGGGCUGCUCCGUUUAGUUUGACAAGUAAUUAGUACACACAGCUGUGGCGUCAUGGGCUGCUCCGUUUAGUUUGAUCAGUAAUUAGUACACACAGCUGUGGCGUCAUGGGCUGCUCCGUUUAGUUUGACCAUUAAUUAGUACACACAGCUGUGGCGUCAAGGGCUGCUCCGUUUAGUUUGACCAGUAAUUAGUACACACAUAGCUGUGGCGUCAUGGGCUGAUCCGUAUUGUCGUACCAUUACGGAAUCAGACCGGAGUUUUAACAUUGGGUUGGGGGCCUAAAGUAUGCCUUUUUAGGGGGGGGGGAAUGGGGGGGACACGACUCGCGCUUUUUGCAUAGGACAUUACCGGGAUAUUAUUAGUUCACAAUAUUGUGUGUUUGUGCGUGCGUGUACGUGCGUGCACAAAUUAAGUUACAGUAUUUAUAUUUCAUUAUUUAAAAAAUGAAUGCUUUUAUCGGAGAGAAAAUGAGAUGGUGUUGCUAAUGAAAAGUAAAUGGUGUAAUUAUACAGCUUGUUGAUAAUUGGUAAUUAAAGGGGUGGGGGUUGCUGGGAUUGGGGGGUACAGCGUAUACUGACGAUUUCAGACAUAUUUUCUUACUUUACUAGUUUAUACUGAAAUCAUCUGAAUUGAUUAAGUGUAUUCUGACAUUAUUGAAAAUGAUAUUACAAUGUUCACCGAUUUUAAAAUGUGCAAAGAUUGUUUUUCUGUGAAUUGCAGAAAUAAAUAUAUAUAGACUGUU